AUGAAGAAUAUCGUCACCCUGCCAACCGACAAGGGACGCUCAACAGUAUUAAUGGAUCAGACUGAGUACACGGCGAAGCUACAAGGUCUGUUGAGGGACGAAAACGCCUACCAGCUUUCGGGAGCUGGAGAGUUCAAGAAACACAUGAACAGCGUGAACAAGUCGAUUAACAAUUUGAAGAAGUCCGGGGCCAUCAAAGGAGGGGAGGCACUGACCGCAAAAGCCACAGACGCCACAAUGGUCCGUUUCUACGGUCUGCUAAAAGUGCAUAAACCAGGAGUGCCCCUUCGCCCCAUCGUUUCUUUGUGUGGUACUCCGACGCUUGGACUGUCGAAGAUGCUCUACCAGCGGUUCCGCUUCCUUACCGAGGAUUCCGAAUCUACAGUUAAGUCGGCUGAACAGUUUCUCAGGAACAUAGGACAUCUAUCGGUAAAGAAGACAUAUGAUCGAGCACCAGAACGAAUUGUAUUUUAUUCUGAGCUUUCGGGCUCUUGCAGGAAUCCAUCGUCAGAGAUGGUGAAACAGAACUGA